UUAUUCAUAAUAAAAUCCAGCAGGGAGAGAGUGUUCGGUCAUAUAUUCAGUUUUCAUUGAAAUUGUUAUGAUCGUGGAAUUUUUUCUAUUUAAAAAAUCGACGUGAGCUAGGCAAUUGCCAAUGACACAAGAAUCGACUGAGAUUUCUGAAAAAGAAGGGCGAGAAUUCCAUGGUGGGAUCUGCAAUCACUUUAACGUACACCUCUCAUUUACAAUCUGUACUUUUCGUACAGUUCACUCCGACCAGUUCGUACAAGAGGACGUCUCCAGACAUGAUGUCGCGAGCUGUAGCAAUUCUUCUCGUGGGAGCUUUUGUGGUGAUAAAUAUUGCUGAUGGAUUCCCUGAUGGUGCACCAGUUGAUGCCUGCGUUAAGGAACGACCGAAUCAGCCUUAUCACGCCCAGAUAAAACCUCAGCCAUCGGGUACGAGUCCUUAUCAGAUUCUCCAAUCGUCUCGUCAAUACGCACCUGGCACACAACUCACUGUGACUCUUCGCGGUGGGAGUUACUUCAAGGGAUUCUUCAUCCAGGCGAGAGAUUCAAAGAGUCAUCAGUGGAUUGGAACAUUUGCUCACACACCGAACACAAAAGUCCACGACGAGUGCAGUGCAGUAACCCAUGCCGAUCCCAAAGAAAAAGAGGAGGCAACCCUCAUCUGGGAUGCACCAGCCACCGGCAAGGGUCAAGUAUACUUCACUGGCAGUCUCUUGAAGGAGUACGACGUAUUUUGGGCCGACCUUGUCUCGCAGUGAUGUCACACUACUUAAUAUAAAUAAUUAUUUAUCCCGUAUAAUUACUGUAUAAUUCAGUUCUCCAGAAUUUCCAUUUCACCUUGAUAAUUCUCUAUUCUCAAUCGUUUAGACAUGAAAAAAUAUGAGCCAGCGAUGAGCCACGACCGGGAUAAAGGGUAACGUCUGCAAUUAGUCGAGUGUAAAACAGUGGCUGAAGAAAAAUCGAAUGAAUUCUCAAAAUAGAUACGAUAUUCACUCCAUAAAUAUUCGUCUAGUGCCUCCGAUAAAUCCAAAGUUAUGUACGAAAUAAAAUACACAAACAAGGUAAACUGAAGUGCUUUUCAAUUCU